AUGCCGGCGAACUAUGUACACAAGUACAGCCUCAUAUUUGCUUUGCCAGGUAGGCCGGCCGGGAAGCAGCACGAGUACCACUGCUUGUCCUUGGAAAGCGGAUCCGGGCCCGACGGGGAGCCCGGUGAGACCUCCGAGAGCGAGGAGGGGGGAGGGUCCGGGAAAUCGCCACGGCCAAACCGGAAGUCACCUGCCUCCAUCAGGGACCUAAAGAAGCAGGGUGCGACAGGGGCAGGGAUUCCGGCUAGCAGGACGGAAAGGAAGAAGGAUCAGAAAGAAGAUAGGAAGCGGGUUAAGCGGGAGAAGGCUGCCCAGGAGACGAAGGAAUUCAAUGCUGAACUGCUCGGGUUACUGAAGAACCCCGUUGAAUCAGAGGCCGAUCGCGUUAUCAUAGAUUUCGUCCGAGAGAUGAAGAAGACGAAUCGCAAGAAAGAUAUCCGGCUAGCAAAGAAGUCCAUCCAAGAAGAUCGGACUCUGGAGGUGACGACUCUCCACGAGCAGAUUGCGUUGUACAAGGAGAUGGGCAAUGAAGGCCAAGUCAAAGAGACCCGGGAGAAGCUCCUAGCGCUGUACGCCACACCUCUCCCCCAGCUCGAUAUGCCAAUCACCGCGGAGGCGGACACGGCGAGGGCGGCGGCGGCGCUGGCGGCGGCGGGGGGGGGGGCGGGGGCGGCGGGGGGGGCGAAUCCUGUUUUUUCCGGGUAGUUUCCGAGAAGUUGAAAAUCAAGUGUUGUACGACGGCCCAGAAAAAUACAAAAGUAAAAGGCCAGACUGAGCGCUCUCCCUGCGGAGGAAGAGGGCCCAUAUUUCGGGUGCAGUGUGCGUUGAACUUUUCUUUUUGCGCUCAGGGCGGCUGCGAGUUUUUUCAUCAUUUAUGGAGGCCAAGCUCCACACCAGCCUUGAUCGAGGAGGAUGGUCAACUGUGCGAUGGUAUAUCGAUUUCUACGCAUAAAAAUUCCAUUUUUAGCGUUGUAGUUCCGAUAGACUGGGGCGUUCGAGGGGACAUCCUGCCUAUCUUCCCUUUUGUUUCCGUUGUCCUUUUCUCUCUAUUUCGUUUCUCCUCCGUUGUCUUUUUUACUUCGUCGUUCGCUCCUUCAUCCUUUUUCCUUAGGUGAUUUUGGUCUUCUUUUCGUUCGGGUAGAAAAACAAGUCGCGCCUUGGAGGAUUUUUUUUCUGUCCAGUUUUAUUUUCGAAAGGUGUACAAGUAGUUGGUUUGUGGCCACGGCGUCCGAGUCAGUCGGACCAGUACGGAUAUUAGAAGGUACUGCGAGGAGACCGGAACGGUUAUUAAUACGAAGACAUCAACAACAAUAUAUGUUGUUUUGCGAAAUGUGUCUAGCUAUAUUUUGUGUGAACGUGUGGGCCAUUGCUUCGGCGUUGCAACCACGUAGGGAUACAGUCAGCGAGACCUGACUUGUUCGUGGUUUUGUUGAAUUUUGUGUGUUGGGUUGUUUUCCUUGGCAUCGCGUGCCGAGCGGAGCCGAUGAACUCUAUUUUUUUGUCUGGAUGGGGCCUUCCUUUUUCUAUUUCUAUUUCUUUUUCCGGAUGUGUGCCCCAAUUUCUCGUGCAGUAUCCCGUUUUCUGUCCAUGUUGUUGUUGCUUUGUAUUUUGGAGAAGUUUGUAUCGUUUUCUGGGUAGUUGGCUAGUGAGCACGGAAGGCGUGGGCGCCAGUUGGACCGGUACGGAUGUUACAAGGUACUGAGCAAAGUUCUGAAUAGUUCUGAAUUUUUUUGUUAGUUCAGGCAACAUUUCCAUAUCUAUUUGAAGCGGCCGUGGGAGCGGGGGCGGAGGGGGAGCUAACCGUCCCCCGCAAGAUCCUUUCAGAACGGCCCGGGUAGCGCACGUACUCUCGUUCGUUAUCCAAGGCACGGGGCGGAAGGUUCCAAGGAUUGUUCUAUUCUAGGGACCUACAGGCAUACCAAAAGUAUUGGACACGCGGACUGCUUGCGCCAUGACCCACGAUGUUGUCCUGACCAGAGGGUUGCGACUGUUUAGCCUGUACGUUUUUUUUCAAGUUUUGGUAUGAUCUGGCAGUAACCUAGCUUGGUCGGUAGUCUGUUGGCACCGGCGGGGUUCAGGUUUUGCGCACCCGCAGACUUUUGCUUGUAGCCAGGAGUCCCGAUGUGUACUUGAGCUGUAGGCACGGCCACCCCUUAAUCUAGACAAAGCAACAAGCAUCAGCUUCGACACCAGUGUCAACCGAUCGCUGUUGGUUUUUGAGAAAUAACGCCCCGGGGCGAACUCGCAUAUCAGGGGUCGAUCCCCCCCGACAGAAAACGAACUCCAACUUGUCGCGUUUCCCCGCCUCUGCUUUAUUUGACGGCGGGGGCACUAUAUUUAACCAGGGAGUCCGUACUAGCUGCACGGCGGGCGAGUACUGUGGUAGUGCCAUGUGUCAGGGUGAACAGAAAAUCGAAUUCUACAUUUAGCAACCUCGCGCGGUCUGCCUGCCAUCGACUCGGCGCUCUUGGAUCAAUAUUUGCGACAAUUGAACAUGCCGUCCUGCGGGAGGAAAGUCCUGUACCGCCAUAAAAAAAUAGAGAGCGGAGCGAGCGUGGAUACCGUUCCCAGUGUCGCCAUGAUAUUCACCAUCCGUUCCUAUCUCUGCUUGGCACCUUACAUCAUCCGGUCCAAAACACGCGGAUGUCUUCCGUGGUCACAGACCAGCUACCCAGAUUCUGGGCACACACAAUGCACUCGAUAGUCAGAAGAGAAAGCCAAAACGGCCCAGGUCUUUGCAUAGACCUAAACGCAUAUAUAAUAAAAUUGAAGGUCCCAGUCAGACAUAUCAGGCGGAGGAGGGGAAUAAGUAGGAACAUUCUCGUUCGGUGGGCGGUGCCAAACCCGUUCACUCAUCCAGACAACAUUAAAAGUGCACGAUUUUGAUCUAUUCCUCCUACAUUCACCGCUGGGGUUGCCACUGCCAUGCCACUUGCGGUGGUUCUAGGCACCCACUUCACUCAGCUGUCGACCAACAGGUGACUCAGAUGGUGUACAAAGAUCCGGUUGCGAAGAGCAUAGAACGUAAAAGAAAAAACAGGGAGAGCGGCGUACUGCACCUAGAUCACGGCGUACCACAUACAUAAAUGGUGGACGGGGACAAAACACAACCUCGUACCGAGAACACACUGCAAGUAAGACGUUGUAACCAGCACCUGCAACCUGCCUGCAUAACCUACCCAGUCCGGUAAACUGAUGCAAAACCUUCCAUAGAAACAUUUCCAUUUUGUGUACUUGGAUUUCAUGGCGGCAUAUUAUGAAACGAUGCCUUCCAUGAAGUGAAUCAGUCGAAUCCCUGAGAAUGCCCUCUAAAAUACAAAGGAAGAAAGCCACGAUUCUAAGGACAUGCAGUACGGCUCCUCCAGCAAACCCACUCCGAGCGUGAAACAACCAAGCCGGUUUGGCAUACAGUCCUCAGGCUGAACGAAAACACGCGCGUUAAAGAAAAGAAAUUCACGCACACCAAACCAAAAAAAGCGCCACGCGCACUUUAGCCAGUCGCGGCGUGUCUGAGCCACCGAAUGUCGCU